UUAAACGGGCUGUGUCCCAAUAUGUGCACCUUUGUUCAACUAGAACGCUCAGCGGCCGGAGCUCUACGCACUACUUAGGCGUUCUAAGUAGCGCACAAGGGCGCAUAUUGGAACAACGCGGCUUGACUCGUUAACUGAAGGCUGUUACUAGUUAAACUUUUAAACAUUUAUUUGAUGAAAGACGUUUCAUAACUUCCACAUCAGGACAUUUCCUAGCUAGCCAGCGCAUAGCUGAGCAAUUCGCCUUUAACUUUGCGAGCUACACUGGAUAUUUAACGUUAUUUUGCUAAGUAGGCUAACGUUAGCUACGGUUUAGCUAACUAGCUAACGUUAGGCGCCUUAAGCAAAGAACAAGUUCACUUAAACCGCACACAAUGUUUGACUUAACGAGAAAUAAAUACUAAAGUUAGAGUCAAGUCGUUCCAGGAGGAGCAGAGCUAGGCUUUCAGGGCUAUCCAGCAUCUGUCAGCACAGGAGCUGAAGUGAGGUAGCGUUAGCUUCCUCAGGUCACAGACGGUAUGAGUGCAGUGAACACCCCCACAUCCCGGCCACGGCAGUGGUCUUCCCCGGCUCUCGGGCACAAAACAGCCCUGUCUGCUACCAGCACCCCACUUCUCGGGUCCAUCCAAGGCAACGACGAUGAACAGGAGCGACGUCAGCGGCGAAGGUCCAGAGUCAUCGACCUUCAUGGUGUCGGUGAUUCCUCCUUCAGUGAGGCUGGAAGUCACAGUACCACAGGGACUCCUGCUGCUGUACCUAAGCUGUCGUCUGCCCAGAUCUCUGAGCAUUAUUCCACUUGUAUCAAGCUGUCCACGGAAAACAAAAUUACCACAAAGAAUGCAUUCGGACUGCACCUCAUCGAUUACAUGGCUGAUAUUCUCAAGCAGAAAGAUUCAGAGCUCAACUUCAAGGUGGCUGCAGGGACUCUGGACGCCAGCACUAAGAUCUAUGCUGUGAGGGUUGAUGCAGUUCAUGCUGAUGCCUACAGAGUCCUGGGGGGGUUGGGCUCUGAGACCAAGCCUAAAGAAGGUCAGGAGGCUGAAGAGGUCACAGCGGAGAGCGCUCAGAGCGAACAGACUGGAGCCAAGCAGGCCCCGAAGAAAAGACCUCCUAAGAAGACUGUAGAGCAGAAUCUGAGCAACAUCAACCUGUCAGAAUCUGAGAUGAAGUGCGAGGUGGACCCUAUGUUCCAGCGCAUGGCAGCGUCUUUUGAUGAAAACAGCACAGCAGGAGUCUUUCUGUCUGUGUUGUUUAGCGAGGACAGCCGUUGUGAGCUCCGUUUCCCCUCCCAUAUGACCCUGCUCCACUCCCGGCCACCCAACGCAACCGCACCAGUCCAGUCCACACCCGCCUCACCCUUCUCAGCUAGCCUAAAAGCGCUGGAGGAGAGGUCCAUCUGCCCGUCUCUGGAGGAGUUCUCCUUCACACAGUGGACACCUGACCAGAGCACCAGCCUGAACCAGAUACUGGAGAAGAUGAAGCAAGGCGAGCACGCUUUUGACGUCAACGCCGACGUUGAACCAGACGUGGACGAGGCUCCAGAUUUCGGAGAUCAUUUCGAUGCAGACGGUGAUGAGGUGGGGCAGGGAGACGGUGAGGACUUUAACGAGCACAAAGAGCCCUGCGCUCGGAGGAGCCCUGAGAAACGGGGGGUGAUUCCUAUAGGACAGGCAGAUAUCAGCACUAUGUGCCUUCAGCUGUCUGAUAAGCCCAGAGAAUACUCGUACUUCAGCCCCCGCACCAUGGCCACCUGGGUUGGUCCAGGCUACUGGCUCUUCAAACCAUCACAUAAGCAGGAUCACAAGCCAGAGAAGGAACCCAAAAAGAGAGCGCCGAAAAAUCCCUUGGUCAUCGACUUCACCGAAGAUAUCCACUUUCACAAUUACUUCCGCACAACCCGAGCUGCGACCACGAUCAGUAAAUCUGCUCUGAACAGCAGCAAUAAGAAAACCACCCUGCCGGCAGAUUUCCAGUAUCCACUCAGCAACCUGUCUCAGCUCAGCCUCAAGCCUUCCAACACGCUCAGCGCAGAAGGAAAGAAGAGGUUAUCCGGUGAGCUUGCAGGAGAAAUAGGAGACUACGACUACAACAACGCCAACGAUACCGCAAACUUCUGCCCAGGGCUGCAGGCUGGAGACAGUGACGACGAUGCUGAAGGCUUUGCAGGAUCAGAAGAUUCACAGCCUGACGGGGACAGACUGAACCCCUCGACUUUUGACCCAGAAGGUGUCUCUACAUACGGAGAGGACUGCCUGGUGCCGGAGCCCCACAAGGUCAAUAUAAUUGAGAUUAACUAUGCCAAGACAGCCAAAAAGAUGGACAUGAAGAGGCUAAAGAACAGCAUGUGGAGCCUCCUGACCGACAGCCCUGAAAAAACAGCUCCGGAGGUAGAGACUGAAACGGAAGUCUCAGGAGAAAAGUCCUUCUGCCAGUCUACUAAGACGCUAGUACAAAGGCUGCCUACCACCAUGGCCAAUAACCUGUCUGUGCCGCUGGCCUUUGUUGCCCUUCUACAUCUGGCCAAUGAGAAAAACCUGGAGCUUCAGAAAGUGGACGACAUGUCGGACAUCAUCAUCAGACAAGGCCACUGACAUGCCUAUAAAACAUGCCUGCGCUGCUAAACUAAAAGCAGUUUUUCUUUUUUAUAUAUUGUACAGUUUGAUUUGUUCCACCAGCUGUUUUUCUGCUCUGUAGCGCUUUUUCUCGUCUCUCAGAACGCAAGUAAAGGCUUUUAAUACAUUUGUGACCCAUUUUUCACUUCAAACAGGACAGAAAUACAGAAUUAAAACAAGUUAUAGAAUUGUCUAUCAUGAUAAAACGUCAAACGUGUGACGGAAGAGUCUGAUCAGUGUGCCGUCUCUCUCGGCCUGAGCGAAAGAGAGGAGGCGGAGGGAUGGACAGAGCGUGAACUGUGAAUACUGAAUGGAUUCUUGGCUCAGUGCUCUUUGUUGUAUCUAAAGGGAUUAAAGAAUUAAGGAUAAAAGAA